UCCACCUCCUCUUCCCUUCUUUCUUUUCUCCCUUCUCCUGCAGAACAGAUCGACCAGGCGAGCCGUCCUGUUCGGGAGCCUUUUUCUUAUGCUAAUCCAGACUGACAUCACACCCGCUCCGCUUUCCAAGCCCGAGAGGAAGGCGUAUAAAACAGGCUCCCGGAGCCCGCGGGGGAAAGACUAGAGAGCCGCUGGCCGGAGGCUGCGCUCCCGGACCGUCCCCGGGAGCCUCGUCUUAGUCAACCCCAGUCCUUCUUCUUCCACUGGGGGGAGGCUUUGCCUGAAUCUCCUCCACACCCACCAGCCGCUUUCCCUUCCAGCCUCUUCCCAGCUGCAGUUUUGCCCUUCCAGAGUCUUUGGCUCCGUCGGACCUUCCGCCAAGCGAGCCCCCCUCCCCGGGCGAACCCACCGUCCCACUCCGAAGGUGCCGGCUGGAGAGGGAGAAGGUGGACCAGGAGGAGGAAGAGAAAGAGAAGGAGAAGGAGAAGGAGAAAGGCGGUGGGAGAGAAAGUUUCUUCUUCUGUUUGAAAGGAGAAGGAAGGAAGGAAGGAAGGAAGGAAGGAAGGAAGGAAGGAAGGAAGGAAGGAAGGAGGCAGGAUAGGAAGGAAGGAAGGAUAAGGGAGGAAGGAAGGAUAAGGGAGGAAGGGAAGGAGGAAGGGAGAAGGAAGGGAGAGACAGGAGGGAGGAGAGGAAGAAAGGAAGGAAAGAAAGAAAGGAGAAAGGAAGAAAAGAAGAGAAAAGAAAAGCUACCAAAAAGGUUGAUGCCUGGAGGAAAACACCUCAGGAUAAAACCAGGAAUCUGCUGGCCUGCGGACAAAUAAGAGACCACAAGGCCUUUGUUUUUUCCUCUGUCCGAAAUCGAUUGGCGGGACUCCCGGGGUCCAAGAAGGAUGAUGAUGGUGAAGCGACAAGUUUUAAUCGCCUUUUUCCUGGCUUUUGUCUUGCAAAACGGGACGUGCAACGGAAUCAAAUGGUUAGCUUUGUUCAAGACUCCUUCGGCUUUGGCCUUGAACCAGAGCCAGCACUGCAAGCAGCUGGAAGGGCUGGUUGUUUCUCAAGUACAACUUUGUCGCAGCAACCUGGAGCUGAUGCAGACGAUUAUCCAGGCUGCUCGUGAGGUCAUCAAGACGUGCCGGAAAGCGUUUUCCGACAUGCGGUGGAAUUGCUCAUCUAUUGAGCGAGCUCCGAAUUACUUGCUGGAUUUGGAGAGAGGUACCAGGGAGUCUGCUUUUGUGUACGCUCUCUCGGCCGCAGCCAUCAGCCACACCAUCGCCCGAGCCUGCACCACCGGGGAUCUCCCUGGCUGCUCCUGUGGUCCCAUCCCAGGUGAGACACCUGGACCUGGGUAUCGCUGGGGAGGAUGUGCUGACAACCUCAACUAUGGUCUUGUCAUGGGGUCCAAAUUUUCAGAUGCUCCCAUGAAGAUGAAAAAAUCAGGAUCACAAGCCAAUAAGCUGAUGCAUCUACACAACAGUGAAGUAGGGAGACAGUCCCUAAAAGCCUCUUUGGAGAUGAAAUGCAAGUGCCAUGGAGUGUCCGGUUCCUGUUCCAUCAAGACUUGUUGGAAGGGGCUUCAAGACUUGAAGGACGUCGCCCUGGAUUUAAAGAACAGAUAUCUUUCGGCCACCAAAGUUGUCCAUCGGCCCAUGGGCACUCGCAAGCAUCUGGUACCCAAGGAACUGGACAUCCGUCCAGUCAAGGAAUCCGAGCUGGUUUACCUGCAGAGUUCUCCGGAUUUUUGCAUGAAGAAUGAGAAAGUGGGCUCUUACGGGACGCAGGACAGGCAAUGUAACAAAACUUCCAUCGGCAGUGACAGUUGUGACUUGAUGUGCUGCGGCCGUGGCUACAAUCCUUACAUGGACACGGUGGUGGAGAGAUGCAACUGCAAGUAUCACUGGUGUUGCUACGUUACCUGCAAGAAGUGCGAGCGGACGGUUGAGAAGUACGUGUGCAAAUGAAGCGUCUUGUCCACGCCUCUCCGCUGCUUCCCCCCCGCCCGCCCCGCCCCUCCACGGGACCCUCAAAAAGAAGGAGGGAGGGGGAGAAAACGCAAACUGCCUUACGAAGGAAAUCUGGGUUUAAUCCAAAGAAACCGGCCCCUGAUCUUCGGCCAACAGAGAUUGUCUCCUUCGAGGAUCUUUUCGAACAAUCGCUCGCCGUCGACGAUUUCAACGCCGGCUCGUGAGAACUCUGAAAGCGAGGACUUUGAACUGACUCGAGAAGGCGCUGUCGUUUGUGAGAAAUCUCGGUCAGGGAAACGAGGAAUCGUGGGUUUGAUCACGGCCACCCCACCUUCGCCCUUUGGGAUCUCGACUGUCGGUGGUCUUGUGUGGGUUAACUCAUAACGUGUUUGGGGGAAUCGAAAACACCUUUUCCUAAAAUGCAUGCCCCUGACGCAGUAAUAAAGGGCACAACCUAUUGUCGUGUCCCACUCCUCCGCUGACGGCCGGGUCAGGGAAAUCCGAAUCAGGCGUGCCUCUGCAGCUCUGCCCAAAGUCCUAGCAAAGUCCUCAAGGCAGGCAGGCAGACCAGAAAGUGACUUCAGCAAGAUAUGUUUAGACUUUGCCUGACUCAGAGAAUGCCAGAAAGCAGAUCCUUUAUAUAGGCCAUGGGGUGUGGCUCCAUGACUCAGCACUUAUCCAGGCCUGCCCCUCCCUUCCUUCUGACGCUGCCGCCUAUCAAUUCUUCUGACGCGAGGGUCACUCCAGUCGGCAGCUGUUGGUAAUUGACCUCCCUCAGGCUCACAUGCUGUGGGGGAGGGGGAGGGGUCUAGUUGCUCCGUUUGCCUGGGCAUGGAGCCAGGGCUGGGGCCGGGAGGUGCUUCCUCCUCCUCAGCCUGUCUGGGCAUGGAGCCAGGGCUGGGGCCGGGAGGUGCUUCCUCCUCCUCAGCCUGUCUGGGCAUGGAGCCAGGGCUGGGGCCGGGAGGUGCUUCCUCCUCCUCAGCCUGUCUGGGCAUGGAACCAGGGCUGGGGCCGGGAGGCAUACUAGGACAUUCCUCAGCGUUCGGAAGCAGAUAAGAAGGCCCCGGCUGCGGUGAGAGCGGGCAAGACACAACACCUAUUGUUGUGACCUAGGCUCCCUUAACAAGCCGGAGGCAGGAAUUGGUCCCAGAAAAACUUCUUCUAUUUACACAGCUGCGAAUUCCGCGUUCAUUCACAGUCAGCAAAGUUUGUCCAAACAGUUUUUCAAAGGAAUAUUUCUCAAGCACAGACCUCGUCUCGCUUGGCGAGCUGCCACGUAACUGGUUUCCAACCGCAGUACGAGGCAAAACUAGGCGCAGAGUCUCUCAGAGUCGCGGGACGAACCGAAUUGUUUCCUGCGAAAGCCCCCCUCCCCGUUCUCUCCUCUUGUGUUUCCUGUGGGAGGGGCCAAUCACCUCCAAGGUGUGGCUUUACUCCCGAGUCGACCCUGCUUUCUGAAUUUGUUCUUGUCUUCUGGCAGCUCUGCGCAUGCGCACACUGGGAACAGGCCCCAGCUGCUCCUCUGCCUUGCUGUUGUCUAUCUCCCGCUCUGCUUCCGACGCAGAGCCCUCGUCCGAGCUUUCCCCAGCCCCCAGGACUGGCCCAAGUUCCUCCCCAACCUCCUCACUCUCCGACUCUGCUGCCAACUCCACUGGCCACCAGCGGGCCACAACACCUAUAGAAUGAUGUUCGGUUCUCCCCCACUCAAAAAAAGUUUGUUGAACUUUUUCCACCCUGGAAUGGCUUAUCUUCUAGCUUUGUUUCUCUUCAUCCUUGAAACAACAUCUCCAUUCUUCCCCGUCUGGUUUUUUCCCCCUUAAAACUGGCAGCAUUGCUUGGAAAGACCAAAUGAAAAUGCCCAAUCCUUAAAAUGUUCUGUUUGGUUGUAUGUGUUUGUUUUUUUUAAAUUCUUGCCAACAUUUGAUUUUUGCUGGAAAACUCUUCCCCCUCCUUUUGUGUUCCUCAUAUCCGGUGAUUUUGCAUAUGAAAGAGGCUGCAGAGACAGAGGGUAUGGCUAUUUUUUUUUUGGGAAGGAGGGGAUCAGAGAAACUUCUGGACUUUGGAGACUAUGUGGUGGGCGCGCUCACAAUAUGGCUGAUGUUACAGACCGAGGCCGGUUUCCCGUCUGAUCAAGGACCUUCACUUCUGUUUUUGGUGAAAUCUUUUUUUCAAGGGGCUUCAAAGCUUUAUGGCAAAUAAAUAUGAUGCUAAAGGCUGUGGAUUCGCUCCGCAGCUGACCAGCUGUUUGG